AUGACUUCGAAAUCAAAACCAACCAAGGGUCGUAAACCCGAAAAAAUCCAGCAUCCAGACUCACGCGUUGCCGCUCAACAUGUUCGGCGUGCUGCUCGCAAAGAUCGAUUAGCCGACCUGCGGUCGAAAGCAAAAUCAAAGGCGGCAACGAGGCUUGAGUUUUACAGUUUUAUUCAGAGUCGCUUGCCUCCAGACUCAACAUAUCUGUCGCUCCCGGAGAUUCAUGCCAUUCUCGCCGUCUGGGUAUCUCGACACGGUGCAGAAAUCUCUUUGGAGCAAACAGCCCGUCGGAAAGGCAGACCGAAGAGUGCUAAGGAAACAAAGUUGGAGGAAGUUCAAUUGCGGGAAGUAGAGAACUAUAAAACUGGGGUUGAGAUUCCUGACUUGACAGACCGAGACAUGCUCCAGAAAUUUCGACAGUGGGAUAUGAAGUCGCUCGGUUACGCCCAUACUCUGAGAUUCAUACGCGUUUCCAGCUUACAACAAGACAUGGCCGUUGUUUCCCGGCCACCAACAGCAACCGGGCACGAGGCCAACGACGAUGAAGCACCGCAGCUUCUAGAUGACCAAAUGGACGAAACAUAA